UGCCUUUUUACUCUGGGCUUCCACUAGGCCUUACAGUCAUCAUUUCUGUUUUGGAUUAUGGUCUUCUUGAUUUGCCAAGAUGAACAGUCAAAAGAAAAGAAAAGAUAUGGAACCUGCUUGUACCUGGAGUUUAUUGUCUGAACAGAAAGCUGCUUCAAGUUCUCUGGCUUCAUAUUCAUGGAAGGAGCUUAUAGAUUACCGGGAAGUAUUUAGAAAACAUCUAAAAGAAAAAUACCUAAAAAUAGGAGUUGAUAAAUGUUAUCACCAUGGCAAGCAUAUAGAGUCACGACUGCUUGUUGUAAAAGAGCACGGUAUAUCAGAAGAGGCAUCAUAUGGAAUUCCUCAACAAGAUAAUUUUAUUGACAUGGGACAUGUGUUUGAUCCUGAUGAAGAGGGCUCUAGCUCAUCCCGAACUGUGGUGCUUCAGGGAUGUGCUGGGACUGGGAAAACAGCCGUGGUGCACAAGUUCAUGUUUGACUGGGCAGCAGGAGUGGUUACUCCAGGCAGGUUUGACUAUCUCAUCUAUGUAAACUGUAGAGAAAUAAGCCAUAUUGCUAACCUUAGUGCUGCUGACCUGAUCACUAACACUUUUCAAGAUAUAGACGGACCAAUCUUGGACGUUAUUCUUGUAUAUCCAGAGAAGCUUCUGUUUAUUCUUGAUGGAUUCCCUGAGCUCCAGAACACUGUAGGUGACCAAGAAGAGGAUCUUAGUGCUAACCCCCGGGAGAAGAAGCCAAUAGAGACCCUCUUAUGUAGUUUCGUGAGGAAAAAACUGUUACCCGAAUCCUCCCUCCUGAUAACUGCCCGGCCUGUUUCCAUGAAGAAACUCCACUCUCUGUUAAAACAACCUAUCCAGGCAGAGAUCCUAUGGUUUACAGAUGCUGAAAAGAGAGCAUAUCUCUUGAGUCAGUUUUCAGGUGCUAAUACAGCGAUGAGAGUCUUCUAUGGUCUACGAGAAAAUGAGGGCCUUGAUGUUAUGUCUUCUCUUCCCAUCAUCUCCUGGAUGAUCUGCAGUGUCCUGCAGUCACAGGGAGAUGAUGACAGGACUCUCAUGAGGUCACUUCAGACCAUGACUGAUGUGUAUCUGUUCUACUUUUCCAAGUGCCUCAAAACCCUUACAGGCGUCUCUGUGUGGAAGGGACAGAGUUGCCUGUGGGGCCUUUGCUCUUUGGCUGCAAAGGGCCUGCAGAGCCAGCAGGUCCUAUUUGAAAUUAGCGACCUCAGAAGACAUGGGAUAGGAGUGUACGAUACCAACUGCACUUUUCUCAGUCACUUUUUGAAAAAAGCUGAAGGGGGUGUCAAUGUCUACACUUUCCUUCACUUCAGUUUCCAAGAGUUCUUGACUGCUGUUUUCUAUGCCCUGAAGAAUGACAGCAGCUGGAUGUUUUUUGAUCAAGUGGGGAAAACAUGGCAAGAAAUAUUCCAACAAUAUGGAAAAGGGUUUUCAUCAUUAACAAUACAGUUCUUAUUUGGCGUCUUACAUAAAGGAAAGGGAAAGGCUGUGGAAACUACUUUUGGAAGAAAAGUCUCUCCAGGACUUCGAGAGGAGUUAUUGAAGUGGACUGAGAAAGAAAUAAAGGAUAAAUCUUCUAGGUUACAGAUUGAGCCAAUGGACUUGUUUCACUGCCUGUAUGAGAUUCAGGAAGAAGAAUAUGCAAAAAGGAUAGUGAGUGAUUUAGAGUCAGUUAUACUGCUUCAACCUACCUAUACAAAAAUGGACCUUCUGGCUAUGUCGUUCUGUGUAAAGAGCAGUCAUAGUCAACUGUCAAUGUCUCUGAAGUGUCAGCACCUACUUGGAUUUGAGGAGGAAGAGCGAGCCUCAACAUUCAUGCCACCAGCUUUGAUGCUUAAUCAGUCCUUCCAGCUGGGCAAUUUGCCAGUGUCUCGGCUACACUUGCUCUGCCAAGCACUGCGUAAUCCAGAUUGUAAAAUCAAAGACCUGAAACUGAUUUUCUGCCACCUCACAGCCUCUUGUGGUAGGGACCUCUCCUUAGUAUUUGAAACCAACCAGUAUCUGACAGAUUUGGAAUUUGUGAAAAAUACCUUGGAAGAUUCAGGAAUGAAGCUUCUGUGUCAAGGAUUAAAACGGUCAAACUGUGUCUUACAGACAUUGAGGUUCUACCGAUGCCUUAUCUCUCCUGCUUCUUGUGGGGCGCUAGCAGCUGUUCUCAGCAGCAAUCAGUGGCUUACUGAGCUGGAGUUUAGUGAAACAAAACUGGAAGCUUCAGCUUUGAAAUUGCUUUGUGAAGGCUUAAAAGAUCCAAAUUGCAAAUUACAGAAGCUCAAGUUGUCUGCUAGCUUUCUCCCAGAAAGCUCAGAGGCUGUUUGCAAGUAUCUUGCCUCUGUUCUCAUUUGCAAUCCAAACCUCACUGAACUGGACCUGAGUGAAAAUCCCCUGAGGGAUACAGGGGUGAAGUAUCUUUGUGAGGGUUUCAGACAUUCCAACUGUAAAUUGGAGAAACUAGACUUGAGCACGUGUUACCUCACGGAUGCUAGCUGUGUGGAGCUGUCUUCUUUCUUGCAAGUGAGUCAGACUUUAAAAGAGCUGUUUGUAUUUGCCAAUGCCCUGGGGGACACAGGAGUACAGCAUCUCUGUGAAGGUCUGCGGCAUGCGAAGGGUAUAGUUGAGAAUCUCGUGCUUUCUGAAUGUUCCCUCUCGGCAGCUUGUUGUGAGUCCCUCGCCCAAGUCCUGAGCUCCACCCGGAGCCUGACAAGGCUGCUUCUAAUUAAUAACAAAAUUGAAGAUUUGGGAGUGAAAUUGCUGUGUGAAGGAAUAAAACAGCCUGACUGUCAGUUAAAGGAACUGGCAUUGUGGACCUGUCACCUGACUGGAGAGUGUUGUCAGGACUUGUGCAAUGCACUCUACACCAAUGAACACCUGAGAGUCCUUGACCUCAGUGACAAUGCCUUAGGGGACGAGGGCAUGCAGGUGCUGUGUGAAGGGCUAAAACACCCCUCCUGCAAACUACAGACCUUGUGGUUGGCACAAUGUCACCUCACAGAUGUGUGCUGUGGAGCCCUCGCCUCUGUCCUCAACAGAAAUGAGAACCUAAGAUUGCUAGACUUAAGUGGAAAUGACCUCAAGGACGUUGGAGUGCAAAUGCUGUGUGACGCACUGAUUCACCCAAUAUGUAAACUACAGACGUUCUACAUUGACACGGAUCAUUUACAUGAAGAAACAUUCAGAAAGAUGGAAGCUUUAAAAAUAAGCAAGCCUGGAAUCACCUGGUAGUUUCCAAGGAGAGCCCCCGAAUCAGCUGCACAUAGACCCCCUCCAUCUGGUGCCGUCUUUAACAGUUGUGCAGUAUUCUUAUUCUAAACCUGUUAACCUUUGGUGAGGACACUAGUGUGAAACAAGAAGCAGUGAUUGCUAUUUCUUACAUAGAACCAUCCACUAAGUAGGAUGUAAAAGGCGGAAGCACCUUAGUUCAAAUGUCUUCAGCAAUAAUAACUUAUAUUCAUAUAUUGUGUUAUAAUGUUUACUCUGUUUUCACAAAAACCCUGGAAGAGGGGAAGAUGAGGCUCAGAGAGGUUGUGACUAGCUCCAGGUCACACAGCUCAUUAGUGGGACCCUUGGGACUGGAAUCCAGCCAGGUCUUCCAAUACCCAGACCAGGCAGAGAAACAAUAGAAACAGUACAUGUGAAUGAGUCCACUUAAAGAAACAAGAUACUU